AUGGCAACCCCCCAAACAGUCGCAGACAUCAAUACUCUAUCUGUGUUCCUCAGCGACAAUCAACAAGAUCUCUCCGCCUCACCAGUUGACUGUAUCGUGAUAUGUGCAUCAGCCGUUCUCCACAGCGCCGAAGUCCUCUUCCAAACCCUCCAACAGAAUCCAUCUUUGACCAAAGUCCUCGUACUCUGCGGAGGCAUUGGACAUUCUACGGAGCUGCUCUACGAUGCCGUGAAAGCGCAUCCGAAAUUUUCCCGAAUCGCAGACCAAGUACACGGUCUCUCCGAAGCUGAAGUCCUCGAGCGGAUUCUGGACGAAUUCUAUGAUCGCUCUUUGAUCACGCGCGAUGGAUGUCGGAUCUUGGUUGAAUCCAAAUCUACCAAUUGUGGUCAGAAUGCUUCCUUUUGCCGUGGGGUCCUUGAUAAUGCUAGUUUCCUGCCAGCUACGUGUCUUGUGAUUCAAGAUCCUACUAUGAUGCUUCGCACUAAAGCCUCGUUCGAGAAGGCUUAUGAGGGCGUGUCGGUUUCGAUCGUCAGUUGUCCGACUUUUGUACCGCUUGUGCAGAUGUCGCAAAAUGGAGAGCUUGGAUACUCGGACUGGGCUGGGGAGUCGCAAUUGUGGUCGCAGACUCGGUUUUUGGAGCUGAUCAUGGGCGAGAUUCCUAGGUUGAGAGAUGAUGGUGAGGGCUACGGACCCAGGGGCCGAGGGUUUAUUCCUCAUGUGGAUGUUCCACAUGAUGUUGAGGCUGCUUGGUCUCGACUACAAAUGACUUCGAGGGGAUCUAGAUAA